AACUACGAAGCUCUCUCAUCUUCUAUGGACCAUGAAGGAGGCGUGGUCCCACUUCCUUCCUAGUUCCGCUAACUACACACAGUCACACUCCAACAUCUUAUUACAAUUAUAUUUUUAUUAAAGAAAUUUAACAAACACCGACACGGAUUAUAGAUCUCUUCGAACUUGGAAGUUUGAUUUCUUCCACUCUCACAUGGUCGUCACAUCACACCCAGCUUAGAGAUCUCACACGCAAACACACAGUCAGACACUUCCGAUCAGCUUCAGAUUUCUCAUCACUCACUUUCCAAUCAGCUGAGAGCAGAAACUCUGCUACUAGUUUUGAGGUCAAGCGCGUUCUGAUCCAAGCUUGGUCCUUGGAUACGUCGACGGCUUUGCUCCAAUGGCGGUGGCCGUGCGAGGUAGCCGAGGCGGAGGAGGGUCAGGGUUUGGUGGGUUCAGCCUCCGGAGCUUCUUCUCGUAUCGGAUCUUUGUGUCGGCUAUGUUCUCUCUGCUCUUCAUUGCCACGCUCUCUGUUCUCUUCACCACCAACCCUUCAACUCCACAUCACGACUCUGCGCUUCCAACCACUGGAAACGCGUACAUGCGUAGGACGUUUUUAGCUUUAAAUUCUGACCCUCUGAAAACAAGAUUAGAUUUGAUAUAUAAGCAAGCGAAUGAUCAUGUUACUCUGGUGAAUGCCUAUGCUGCGUACGCCAGGAAGCUUAAGCUUGAGAUAUCUAGACAAAUGAGAAUGUUUGAUGAUUUGGCGUCGAAUUUCUCCAAUCUUCAAAUGAAACCGAGUUACCGGUCUGCGUUGUUUGAAUCAGACGGUCCUUUGGAUGAGGAUGUUUUGAGGCAUUUUGAGAAGGAGAUAAAGGAUAAGGUCAAAGUUGCUCGGUUAAUGAUUGCGGAGUCAAAGGAGAAUUAUGAUAAUCAGCUCAAGAUUCAGAAGUUGAAGGAUACCAUUUUUGCUGUUAAUGAGUUACUUAUAAAAGCAAAGAAGAAUGGGGCAUUUGCAAGCUCGAUUGCUGCAAAAUCAAUACCGAAAAGCUUGCAUUGUUUGGCCAUGAGGCUUGUUGAGGAAAGAAUUUCACAUCCAGAGAAGUACAAGGAAGAAGAACCAAGCCCCGAAUUUGAGGACCCUAGUUUGUACCAUUAUGCGAUCUUUUCAGAUAAUGUGAUUGCUGUCUCGGUGGUGAUACGAUCUGUGGUGAAUAAUUCCGAUGAACCGUGGAAACAUGUUUUCCAUGUUGUCACAGAUAGGAUGAAUCUUGCACCGAUGAAGGUUUGGUUUAAGAUGAGGCCUGUGGAACGGGGUGCAUAUGUGGAGGUGAAUGCAGUAGAAGAUUUUACUUUCUUGAAUUCUUCGUAUGUGCCAGUAUUGAGGCAACUUGAGUCAGCAAAGUUGCAGAAGUUCUACUUUGAGAAUCGGGCAGAGAAUGCUACCACGGAUACACAUAACAUGAAAUAUAGGAACCCCAAGUACUUGUCAAUGUUGAAUCACCUUCGGUUUUAUUUGCCCGAGAUGUAUCCAAAACUGCACAAAAUUCUCUUUUUGGAUGAUGAUGUUGUGGUUCAAAAAGACUUGACAGGAUUAUGGAAGAUUGAUUUGGAUGGGAAGGUGAAUGGAGCUGUUGAGACCUGCUUUGGGUCCUUCCAUCGAUACGCCCAAUAUUUGAAUUUUUCACACCCUCUUCUUAGAGAGAGGUUCAAUCCCAGGGCUUGUGCUUGGGCAUAUGGGAUGAAUAUUUUUGAUCUUGAUGCUUGGAGGCAGGAGAAAUGCACAGAGCAGUACCAUUACUGGCAGAACUUGAAUGAGGACCGGACUCUGUGGAAGUUAGGGACUCUUCCACCGGGGCUGAUUACGUUCUACUCAACGACAAAGUCGUUGGACAAAUCUUGGCAUGUCCUAGGGCUGGGGUACAAUCCUAGUAUUAGCAUGGAUGAGAUUAGAAAUGCUGCAGUCAUUCACUAUAAUGGAAACAUGAAACCUUGGCUGGACAUUGCUAUGAACCAAUACAAGAAACUCUGGACGUAUUAUCUGGACAACGAUAUGGAAUUUGUUCAGAUGUGCAAUUUUGGCUUAUAGAUAACCAAACCAUCGUCACUGCUCCAAGUUCGUUCGUCGGUCAGCUGCAGCUACUGUCUGUCACUAUCUACUAAUUCUCACAAGUUAUGAAUUCCUUCUUUAGUUGCAACCUCAGAGCGAAGCUCAGUGAGAAGUCAUGUCCUUUUGUUUUCUCUUUUGGAAAAGCUGUCUGUUAUGCUCGUGUUAAUGUUGUAUCUGUUAUUCAUGUCGACCAUGGAUUGUAAACAGCCAGAUUGGGAAUGUAUACGUAGCAAUGAUUCUUUGGCACUUUGCA